AUGCGGGACAGCUCCGUGAAGCGGUCUCUCGGGGCGGACCUGACCACUAAGGUCAAGACGUCUCGUGUCUUGCUCGUCGGCGCUGGCGGGAUCGGCUGUGAGCUGCUCAAAAACCUCGUCCUGACCGGGUUUGGCGAGAUCCACAUCGUCGAUCUGGAUACAAUCGAUUUGAGCAACCUAAACCGACAGUUUCUCUUCCGUCAUGAGCAUAUCAAGAAAUCCAAGGCUUUGGUCGCGAAGGAAGUUGCGCAAAAGUUCCGACCUGACGCCAAGCUCGAGGCCUACCACGACAAUAUCAUGGAUAAGCAAUUCAGUCACGCAUGGUUUCAAAGCUUCACGGUCGUUUUCAAUGCGCUAGACAAUCUCGCCGCGCGGCGCCAUGUCAACCGUAUGUGUCUCGCGGCUGGAGUGCCCCUCAUUGAGAGUGGAACUACAGGUUUCAAUGGGCAGGUUCAGGUGAUCCGGAAGGGUGAAACGGAGUGCUAUGACUGUACCCCGAAAGAAGUACCGAAGACGUUUGCCAUUUGUACCAUUCGCAGCACACCCUCUCAGCCGAUUCAUUGCAUUGUCUGGGCGAAGAGCUGGCUUCUACCAGAGCUGUUCGGCAAUAGUGAAGACGAAGCUGCAGACAUCCAAAAUGAUGAAAACGCGGACAAUGCAACCGAGAUUGCGGAACUGCGCAAGGAGGCAUUCGACAUGCGGGAGCUUCGAGAAGCACUGGGAACCGACGAAGGAUACCGAAAGGUUUUCCAAAAGGUCUUUGGCAAGGAUAUCGAACGUCUGAGAACCAUGAAGGAUAUGUGGAAGACACGUCAGAAACCCCAGUUGCUUGACUUUGAUACCCUCGACCAGACGCUCUCGUCCAUUGAUCCUGCCAUUGCUACGAAAGACCAAGAAGCAUGGACCAUUGAGGAAAACUUCGCUGUUUUCCAGGAUAGCUUCAAUCGGCUGAGCAAUCGCCUCAAGGAACUACGGGCUGAGGCAACUGGAGGCCAGGCCCCGUUUUUGACAUUCGACAAAGAUGAUGUGGAUACCUUGGACUUUGUUGCGGCGACAGCGAAUCUCCGUGCCAUUAUCUUCCACAUCGAAACGAAAUCCAAAUUCGAUAUCAAGCAAAUGGCGGGCAACAUUAUCCCGGCCAUUGCUACCACAAAUGCGAUGACGGCUGGACUCUGUGUGCUUCAGUCAUUCAAGGUACUGCAGCAGGAUAUGGCGCAUGCCAAGACAGUGUUCCUAGAGAGAUCCGGUGCUCGCGCCAUCAAUUCGGAGUCUUUGAAUCCCCCAAAUCCCAAUUGCCCCGUCUGUUCGUUGCUUCAGGUCCGAGUGGAAGCUGACCCCGAAGUGGCAACUGUGAAUGAUCUAGUGGAAGGCGUUCUUCGAAUGGAGCUGGGUUAUAAGGACCUCUCCAUUUACCAUGGCACUGAAGAGAUCUACGAGAGCAGUGAAUUAGAGGACAACUUGGAGAAGAAGCUUUCGCAUUGGGGCAUCGGACAGAAUUCCUUCCUCAAGGUGACGGAUAAUAGUGAGGAAGACGCGCGUGUCGACAUCGAGAUCAUCAUCCUUGAAAAAUCCAAACCCUCUCCCGAUGAUACCGUGGAGGUCAAGGAUAGCAAGCCUGCAAAGCUGCAGGAAAUGAUCGAUAUUCCCCUGCAAGCCGAGCCUCAGACGGUAGCGCAACGAAGUUCCGAAUCCGCAGCAUCUACCAAUGGUGAGACUGUGACUGGAAAGCGCAAGAGAGAGGGUUCAAGUGACUUGACCAACGAGCACAAUUCCAAACGCGUUGCUAGUGGUUUCGUGCCUGGCAUGGAUAGCAACGGACCUAUCGUCCUUGAUGACGACGAGGAGGGGGCCAUCUUGAUCGAUGAUUAA